CCGCCUCUUCUCUCGCGUCUUCGCCUCCGUGGCCGCCGCCUCUUCCUCCGCCUCCUCCUUCGCUUCUUCCUGCCUCCUCCCGGCUUCCGCCGCCGCCGCCGCCGCUCUAGCCGAAUCCCAGUCCCGGGGCGAAGCGUCUCUUUAUUUAUUUACGUUUUCUCGCCACUGCAGCCGCCAGACACGGUGAUCCGGGCGGGCCCCGCAGGAAUUUUAUCCCCUCACCGGCCUCACACUAGUAUCGCAUGUCCACUAUCCAGAACCUCCAAUCUUUCGACCCCUUUGCUGAUGCAACUAAGGGUGACGACUUACUCCCGGCAGGGACUGAGGAUUACAUUCAUAUAAGAAUCCAGCAACGGAACGGCAGAAAGACACUGACUACUGUCCAGGGCAUUGCAGAUGAUUAUGACAAAAAGAAACUUGUGAAAGCUUUCAAAAAGAAAUUCGCCUGUAAUGGUACUGUGAUUGAACAUCCUGAAUACGGAGAGGUUAUUCAGCUUCAAGGUGACCAAAGGAAAAACAUUUGCCAGUUUCUCUUGGAGGUUGGCAUUGUCAAGGAGGAACAGCUUAAGGUUCAUGGAUUCUAAAAUGAACCUAAAUACGUGGAGAAUUUCUUGAAUAAUUUUGUUCUCUAAACCCAGUUUGGCUGCCUUGUGAAAUGAUUCUCUGCAGUAAACGGACUUUUCAUGUAUUUAAUCAUUCAAACUCCCAUUCACACCUGCAUGAUUACAGAAAACAUGGGGUAUGUAGGUUAGUAACACAUAAGAAAAUUGCAGUAAGAUGGUAAUGAAACCCCGUAUUCAUCUUAACAUGUUUCCAAUGGAAAAUAUUUUGUUUUGAGUGUUUAUUUGUUUAUUGUUCAGUUUAUUUUUUUUCACUUGAUUAAAUGUUUUUUGUUGUAUUAAACCAUGUAUGUUGCAGCUUAACAAUAAAGAAACAUCUAUGAAUCCUUUGUGAGCAAUUAGGCUCCCAAAUCUAA